AGUGAAAAUUUCUGAGGUAAGAUGCUAACUCAGUGUUCUAAAUCGUUAUUUUUCAAGUUUAUUAGGCAUUGUACUGUAAAAUCUUAUUGCCUAAGAUCAGAAUUUGGUCACAAUUAAUUUCCGAAAUCAUUGCAAUUUAAUUAAUUGAAAUUUCAACCAGAUGCAUAUUGGUUUUUGAUUGCUUCGGUUUCAAAUCCAUGACUUCAAUAUAAAUAUCAGUGAUCUGCUCUCUACAUACAGCACGAAUGAGUUAGUUAGCUUUUGUAAUACUAUAAUUUUGUUUAUAUUCUGAAAAGGUUAUAUUAACCAUGGCUAUGUUUUAGUAUAUGUUAUAUUGUUAUAUGCUGUAUUUAGCCUUACUUGUGGCUGCAUAUAACACAUAUGUACAUUAAGUGAACUAAUUUUUCUCUCAUGAAAGAAAAACUAAUUUUUGCUCAACUAAACUUAUUUUUGCUGAAUUAAACUUAUUUUUAAGGGACUUAACUUACUUUUGUUGAAAAUAACUUAUUUUUGAAAAACUUAAUUUCAUUUUUACAACACUUAUUUCCUUUGCUAUUAUUUACUUACUUGCGAGUUGCAUCACUGCCUUUCUUUUAUAUAUUUGCUUCAGUUCGUUCUAAAAUAACUGAGACACUUCUCUCUUCUGUGGGAAGUAUUUUUUUUCUCUCGCCCUCCUCAUUACAUAGGUUACCUCCUUUUCUCUCUAUCAUCACUUAAGCUAUUGUGCCUUUAAGUCUUGUUGGUUACCACUUAGGCACUUACCAUUUACCCAAUGUUGUUAAAAUCGCCCAAACAUUCAUUUAACAACCCAAAACAUGCGAAAUCCCUAAACUGAAGACUGAACCGUCUUCCUCUUCCUCUUCCUCCCAUUUUCUCUUUCUACUCUGCAAAUUCAGCUAAAUCCCUAUAUUGUGGCUGAAUUCCUCCAAACUCCCAGCUUGCAUUGAACUUUAGGACAGAAAAUAUGCUUCUGUCGAUUUUGCCAUUGAAAUUAUAUGAUAUGAAUUUUGCAAAAUUAUGAAAUUAAAGCCAUGUGAUGUGUGCUACAGUGACACUGACUCUAUCACAGAUUUACAAUAGUGCUGUAGAUUAUUAGUUUCAAUGUUUCAUUGCUCUAAUUCAUUUUCGCUUUUAUUUUCCUUGUAUUCUGUUUUUUUAUUUUGUUUUCUUUUUUCGUUUCUCUAUUUCAAUCAGUGUUAUUCUUCAUUGUUCUAAUUAUUUUUGAUUUUCUAAUUUUCUGUGUGGUUAGAAGUUAGAUCAUGUCAAUUUUCUGUGUGAUUGAUUAACAUAUUUGUAUUCUAAUUUGCAUAACUUUUAUUAAGAUGUCUUUGUAUUGUUGGUUUGUAUUAUUAACAUUUUCAAUAUUUGUUUUUUUCUGGACGAUUGUUGUUGUAUGUUUGAAUCUUUUUAUUAUGCAAUAUCAAGUAUUAUUGAUAAAUGAUAAGUUUUUAGCAUCAUUUUACUCCAUGUAUGAGGAAUGUACAAGCAGAUUAGCUAAAAUUGACUUAAUUUUUCAAAUUUCAUAGGAUCUUACGAUUCUACGAUCCGAUCCUGCUAGCUUCUCACGAUCCAAAGUAGGAUUGCGAUCCUGACAACAUUGCAUUUACCAACCCUUUCGUUUCUGCCUCCCUGUUUGAUUCAACAGCAUCGUUGUCGCUGAUAUCUCCCCCUUACUACUUGGAGUCUUAGACGACCUGAUAUACAUCUGUGUGCGAAAAAGUGCAUUAUGUGAUGGCAAACAGCAAAUAUGAGUAUGUAAAAUCCUUUGAAGUCCAAGACAAAAUUAUGCUGCCCACUUACAUUGUUCUUCUUAUUGAUGGCCGUAAUUUCCGAAGGUUCUCUGAAGUUCAUAAAUUUGAAAAGCAGCCUCUUGAUAAGAGGGCCUUGAAGUUAAUGAAGUCAUGUGCAGCUGCUGUUAUGGAGGAAUACUCCGAUUUAAUAUUUUCAUACGGAUAUAGUGAUGAAUUCAGUUUUAUAUUCAAAAAGGAGUCCAAAUUCUACCAGAGACGUGAAAGCAAGAUAAUGUCCCUGCUUGUGUCAUUUUUCACUUCCGUGUAUACCAUAAAAUGGAAAGACUUCUUUCCACAUCAGAAGUUACUAUAUGCACCUUCAUUCCAUGCAAAAGUUAUUCGAUGUCCAACUUUGGAGGUUCUUCAAACCUAUCUUGCAUGGAGACAGAAUGAUUGUCACCUCAAUAAUUUGUACGAUACAUGUAACUGGAAGCUUAUUGAGAGUGGAAAGAGUGAAACUGCACAUGGAUUUCUCAAGGGAACCCGAAAGCAGGAAAUGAAUGAGUUUCUCUUCCAGCAUGGCAUUAACUAUAAGACUCUUCAUCCAAUAUAUCGGCAAGGAACUUGUCUUUUCAAGACUCAGGUUGAAGAUAUUAUCAAGUAUAAGGAAGAUGGUGCUCCUGUAAAGAGAUUACGGAGAAAAGUGAUGAAAGUUCGGUCCAGCAAUCUAGCUGGUAAAAGCUUCUGGAAUGAGCAUUCUUCUCUUCUUUCAGAACUAGGCAGAUUUGAAGGAGAUAUUCAGAAUAUUAGACCGGAAUAUAUAGAAUCCUUUCAGUUUCAGGAUAAAAUGAUGUUGUCCACUUGGAUAGUGGUCAGAAUCGAUGGGUGCCAUUUCCACAGGUUCUCUGAUGCUCAUGAAUUUAAGAAACCCAAUGACGAACAAGCUCUGAACCUUAUGAAUUCGUGUGCAGUAGCUCUUUUAGAAGAGUUUGAAGACAUAGUCUUCGCAUAUGGUGUCAGUGAUGAGUUCAGUUUUGUCUUAAAAAAGGAUUCCAAGUUAUAUGAACGGCAUGCUAGUGGAAUAGUGUCCACAAUGGUGUCAUUCUUUUCUUCAAUGUACAUCAGUAAAUGGACAGGGUUUAUCCUACAACAAGAGUUAAAGUAUCCCCCCUCAUUUGACGGACGAGCAGUUUGCUACCCGUCAUCUGAGAUUCUCCGGGACUAUUUGUCUUGGAGACAAGUCGAUUGUCAUAUUAACAAUCAGUAUAAUACUUGUUUCUGGACUCUGGUAAAGUCUGGAAAAGAAAGGCGUGAAGCUCAGAGUUGUUUGAAGGGAACCCAAACUCAAGAGAAGAAUGAUUUACUUGUGGAAAAGGGUAUCGAUUAUACUGCAGAGCCAGAUAUAUUUCGUCUGGGGUCUUGUAUAUUUCGAGACAUGGAAAACAAGGCACUUUUGGAAGUGAAUUGCGCUGAAGAUUCUAGGAAAAGAAUCGUGAUUGAACAUUGUAACAUAAUCGACAAUAAUUUCUGGGAAGCACAUCCAUGGAUCCUUGGCGAAUAGCUCCCAUUGGGAUUUUAGUGCUGACAUUUGAGGUACUCAUGCAGUAACUCUUUUAUUGACAUAAAUGUAUUCGUAAAUCUUGAUUUUCCAUCAAUGGGGAGUAGUUGCAACAUUAAUCUUCGAGGCCCCAUGUUAAUUUUUUUGAUUGUUUGUGGGUUGAGUAGACACAUAGUAGGGAGCAUUGAAAUUUUGUUCCGGUUCAGAUGAAUAUAGGGUUGUAGCUUAGACUGAUAGAACUUAUAUUUUGGUCCGGACGAUGUCUUGGGUCAUUAUUAAAAAAAAGGUGAUCCUUUCUCUUUUUAAUAUUAGAAUUGAGUUGUUUAAUUUUGAAUUAAAAAUAGACUCUCUUAUGAGACAAACUGAUUAAUAAAAAUCGAAUAAAAUAUAUCAUAUAUUUAUGGUGAUGAAAAACUGAUUAAUAAAAAUCGAAUAAAAUAUAUCAUAUAUUUAUGGUGACGAAAAGGGUCAUCUUAUCUCAUCAAAUAUGACAUAGCCUUAUAUGACAUGGUGACGAAAAGGGUCAUCCUUAUCUCAUCAAAUAUGACAUACUCUCCCAAAUCCUAGUGUUAUAUCCACCAAAUAGAGAAAGAUCCAAUUAGAUUCAAGUUAUCGUUGGACCAUAAUCUUAUUAAUAUCAUCAUCACCAGGCUGCUACUUUUUUGGUUUUUCUUUUUUUGAAAUUCCUAUCAUUUCACAUCUCUUUCAAGAAAGAAGAAAUUAUAGAAAAAGAAAGAAAGUAAAGGCAUAUAUUGGUCCAUGAAUUUAUGUCUAAAAAGAUUCGACCUUGAUGCAUGUAUCUGAGUUUAAUCAUCUUAUUGUAAUGUAAUCUAAAAGUGUACUCGAUAGGAUGGCUUAGAAGAGCGAUAAUGACACAGAUUUUCAACAAAAAAAUUAGUUGUCACUUGUCAGUAUCUAAUUCUUGGCAGCUUAAACCACAAUUAUGAAUUAUGAAUUAUGAAUUAUGAAUUAUUCAUGUCUCUCUCACUUUAAAAGUUGGUUAGGCACAUUAGAACUUACACGUGAUAUAUAAGCAACUUGCCAACUUGCUCUUCCAACGACCAACUAUCAGUUAUCACAACAAAUAUUAAGAGUACAAUUAUUCAAAUUCAAUUUGAAUAGCUAUCCACCUAUAGUAGAUGGGUAUUAAGAGUACAAUUAUACUACAUUGUUAUUGUCCCACAUUAUCUAGACCAUAUCAACUUCUAUCGAUAUUACAUGCUACUCUUCAAAGAAUUAUGUCUUUGCUGGCGUAUGAUUUUUGUUUAAAUUGUUCAAACUAAUGAGAUUGAUGGCUAAGCUAUUCAAAAGUUGAGAUGGUAUGUUAAGAAACUUACAUGGAAUAUACAUAAAUUUGAGAAAAUUUAUCCAUAAAUUGACAUGAAAUGUCCAUAAAUGUGAUGAUGUGUUCAUCAGAUGAGGUGAUAUGUCCAAGAUAAAGAUAAAACAUCCAUAAAAUGAAACUCUAAAUCUAUAACUAAAUAGUGUUUAUGUUCAUAAUAUCAAAUGGUAAUAAUUCUUUCUCGCUAAUACAUGAGUGUGUGAUGUGUGUCACUCCUUAUAUCGUUUAUUUCUUGUAUGCAUUGGUAUCACUUUGUUGUACGUAGUCUUACAAAUUAAGCUAAAUUAUAGAAGUGUCACUGUCUGUAUAUCAAAAAAGAAUUAAAUAUAUGAGGUUUACUGGUCCGUUUUACAUUGAUUGAUACGCUUUAAUUCUUCUAUGUAGUACUCGCAUCCUAUCAAUAUAUUUUCUCUAUUUGUCCGUCUAACAUUGAUUGUACACUUCUCAAGUUGGUGUGGCUCCACGUAUUUAAUAUUAUUUCUCUCUUUUUGAGGAUCAUCCAAGAAUAAUUGAGAAACAUCACCACUUUUACUUCAAAAUAUCGAUACCCCUAAUCCGUUUAUUAUAAUAAAAAAUCUAAUUCCGAUCCUAUAUGCAGCUUACCACACCUUCAGUUAACCGUGCAGUCAAUUCACAUUUUGUAUUUUAAAAUUAGUAAUAAUAUGGUAAGUUAGUCAUAAUUGUCGAGGGUUACUUAUUUGUUAUGUCUCUUCUUGAGGAGUGGUCUUGCGCGUAAAAUUCAAACUAAAACAUAAGUAACCCCUACAAUAUAUAUAAGUAGUCCAAAUAAAUAAUUCAUAUUAUAUCAAUAAAUAAUUACAUGGCCAUUAGUUGUACGGUCAACUACACUUACGAAGUCGAAUAAAACUUUUAAGAUCCUAUACCAACGAAACUAUAGUGCUUAAUAUAAAAUAGACGGCGUUACUAACCUAACAUUUUUAUUAUGGCUUUAGUUUACAACUUCGGCCUUACUAGUUACUCCCUCUGUUUCCUAAAUAUCUUUCCACUUACUGUUCCUACAGAUACCAAGAAAAAUCAAGUUGUGUGGGGCAUGGUGUGAGUAAAGUAGGAGAGAGAAAGGGGUUAAGAUAAAUAAACAAAUAAAAAGGGUGGUGAACCAUAUGAUAGUGACAUGAGAGGGUAAAUAGGGAAAUUUGUUUUGCCAAAUAAGGAAUAAAGCAAAAGAGAGAAGAUCUUUUGAAAACACCCUUAAACGGAAAGAGGGAAUAUCUUUAGGAAACGGAGGGAGUACUAAUGAGUUACUACUUACUACUCCCUCCGUCCCAUAAUAUAGUGCCUAUUUCAUUUUUGGUGGGUCAAACUUUAAAAUCUUUGACCGAAUAUUCUCAUUUGUAUAUAUAAAAAAAACAUAUUCAUGUGGGAUCUUGUUAGAUUCGUCUCAAUGUGUAGUUUCAUAAUAUCAACUUUUUAUAUUUUUUAUUAAUACGAAAUUGAAGAUAUUAAAGGUCAAAGUUACGUCUUGAAGAUCGUGUAAAAUAGAAACAAGCACUAUAUUAUGAGACGGAGGGAGUAUAAUAAAAGUAACUUGAAAAGCAAUGGGAAACCUCGAAUUCAAGGUCAAAGAUUUGAAAGUGACCGUUGACGCUUUCAAUAGACAGUAAUAGGUUGGUCCCCUUGAGAAUAGAAAAAAAGAAUUAGAUGGUCAAUUGGUCAUGCAUUCAUGCCACAGACCAAAUACCAUCAUAAUGUUCAAACAGAGUGUCGGAUUCACACAGGUAAAUGUGUUGAGUUUUUGUGUUCUUUAUUUCGGGAAAAUUUUAAAAAAAUAGAAUGAAUUGUGUCUUUAAAUAAAUAGUGUUCUCACUCAUUUUAUGAACAUCAUCAACAGAUCUCCUUGCAUCUUAAAAGGAGCAAUAUACAAUUUCAUAAUAGACCUAAUGAUUCAUCCAAUUGAAUCUUAUGUUUUCUUUUUUGGCACUAAACCAAAUAUAGUUGAGAUGUCCAUAUUAUAACUUUGGAAAACCAAAAACAAGGCAUCUAGAAUUAAUUGUUAAAUUUCGAAUUCUUGAUUUACCUGUCAAGCCAUUUCUGGUUUUUCAUACUAUAGUUUUGGGCGUCGUUUUGCCUCAAAAAAUUGUUGGCUCAUAUACAAUGUUUAAGAAAAAUUGGUCGGUGAUAAUGUUUGAUAGGAAUCUUAAAGAUUGAAUAUAUCAAAAUUCUCUUUUGUAACAUCUUUACUUCUUUUUAGAAGAGAAAUUUCAUUAAUUAAAGGUCAACCUACAUCUACAAUAGGUAUUAGAAAAAAAACAAGAUUUAAUCAAACAAGGGUUGGUCCUAGAGGAAACUACAAUGAACUAGAUCGAGCAAUACAACGCAGCACAUUUGUAUUUGCUGAAUCACGCUAGCUAUUAUUGAGGAAGUCUAUAUUCUGAUAUAAUUUGGAAAAUCAUUUUUGAUCGAGCCAUGUUGACCGCAUCUGAGGUUCUAAUACAUUCAUGUUGAAUCUCGAACUUCAACCAACGAGAAUAAUUUCUCAUACCUAAAUACAAAAAAAUCAUACUCACAACUUUCGUAGGGGAUGUAGAAGUAUAUCUCUACAACAGAGACUAAAAUCUCCAUAAUAAGGUUUGAGAAAAUCUCAUAAAAAUAGACUAAUUUAUUCAACAAAACAAGAAAAUGAACUAAAAAUUGAAAAUAAAAGGAAAAAAGGGGGCUUAUCAUGUAUAAAAUCAUUCAUGGCAGUCUCUAACUCGUGAAAAAGGAAUAAGAGAGGCUAGGGUUUGAGAGAGAGGGAUAGGGGAAGGCUAGGAUUUUUGUAACAUCUUUACUUAUUCAUAUUGUGAUUAAUUAGGAUUUUGUUUCUUGAAUUCAUAUUUUCUUAAAAUAAAGUUGGAUUAUAGCAUAAUUUUUGAAGAUGCAAACAUUAUUAAGUUAUCUUGAUAAUGUAAUUUGAAUUUAGCACCAGAUGCUGACAUGUUUAGGUGUUUAGUUAUUUAUUAAAGAAAAUGUGUGAAACCAAUGCAAGAUAAAAGCAAGAUGAUGCAUGUUAAAUAAAAGAGCAGUUGUAUCCUACAUUUGUGCGCAUAAAGCUAAUACUAGAAGAAAACAUUUAUUAAGUGAUUUUCAUCUAGAUCUUUUUCAUGAAAGAUAGCUAAAGUUUGUACUCAAUAGUAGAGCAGUGAGAUUCAUCUAGAUAUAUUCUGCCUCCACAACUGAUAACUCCAUGCAUGCAUCUAUCCCAUUUCUUAACUUCAUCUAUUGAGUAUUGACUAUGACUUUCACGAGAACAAAAUGAUCAAUUUCUUAAGUCCAACCAUAAAAUCGCAGAAAAUGAAUUCCAUAAUUUCAAACAAGACAUCGAAGCAGCAUACAAACAAACAAACAAAAGAUGAUUCUUUCUCUCUCACUAUGGAGUAUUAUUAAUUUUAUUAUUAUUAUAGUACUCCGUCCUACUUGGUACUUGGUUAGAAGUGAUUUCGUGAACCUUAUAACACCACGUGAUUUUUAUGCAACUUGGUCAUAUAACAUAUGAUUUCACUUGAAAAGAAAGUAUGUUAGUAUGGUACCUUUUCUUUUCGAUGGGAAACAAAGUAUGUACCUUUAUCUGUGUUUCGUUGCACUUGUCAUUUGAUCAAGGGAGCAGUUAACUUUAAUAAAUACACGUCUGUGGUACUGUCUGUCUUUAUCAUCAUUGGGCCAGUCACAGUUACAGUCACUGUAAUUUAUCUAAGAUUCGGUUUACACCUGCCUAUAGUUUACUACGACAAUUAAAUAUUCAUAAACUCGAUCAUUACCAACUUAUACAGUCUACACUCUACAGUCUACAGUGCGUAGUUGAAGGAGAAAAGUCCUAUCUAUAUAAAGGAGCAGUGAGUAACUGAUAGAGCCAUCGUCAAAAUAAAGCCACCAACCAAAACCAUAUAAACUUCUCUUAGCUUACUUGUUCAACUAUUAUAUUACUACUCUAAAGAAUAAAAUCUAAAAUCUAAAAUCUAAAAUCUAAAUCAGGAAGAAAGAGUAGAAGAAGAUCAGAUAUUGAGAUGGCACUGGCAGGAGGAGGAAAGAGGAUGUCCAACGGUGGAAGUGAGUCACAGAGGAGUACUUCUCCUUCUCCUUCCCCUGGGCGUCUGAUCCCCAAAAGAGGUCAAGUCAAGGGUCGGAUUGUAAAGGGAUUGGCUAACUCUGUUGUAGCUGCUAUCUUCUCACUUGCUACUAAUUCUCAUCGUCGUUCAUUCUGAAAAAUGAUAAUAUCAACCUUUUCUUUUUCUUUUUCUUCUCAUAUGGUUUCUUCUUAUUAAUUAGUUAUGUAGAUCAGAUUUAUUAGAGUGCAAAAAGUUUGGAGCUUGUAUAUAUCCAUCUCCACUUGCAAAAUUUUGGAAUUACUACUAUAUCAUCAACUAUUUAAUCACUCUUUCAUC